GGGAGGGUUCGGUGACCCCGCGAACCGGCCUGUGGGUCCGACCGCAGCCCGGCUGGAUCCGAGGUGGAUCCCGGCUGCAGCCCGAUGUGUGCCCAGUUGGCUCAGCUGGAGAUACCGGCCCGUGCCCAAAUGGAUCCCGACUGGAUCGCAGCCCUUAGGGCUGGCCCAGGUGGAAAGGAUGGGAGGGAUCCCAACCGGAUCCCAGCUAGAUCCUUUUGGGAUCUCCCAAGUGAGGAGGGAGCCACUGCACAGCACUGUGGGGAUUCCUGUAGGAUCCCGGUGCUCUGCUCCAAAGGGAUCCGCUGCUUUGCUUUGGAGGAUGCCAGCCCUGCCCAGCACAGCCUGGAUCUCCUUGCGAUCUGCCCACAGAGGGAUCCAUUGGGUGCUGACAUCCCACAGCGAGUGCUUGCGGAGAUCCUGCUGGAUCCCAAUCGCUUCCCAGCUGGCAGAUCUGCCCGGGAUCCACUUGGGACAUGCAGGAUCCCACCGCAAUCUGUCUCAACGCUGCCAACUCCUUCCCUACCUUAGAGACUGGGCAAUCUCAUGGGGCUGGGACCCACCAGCAGUGGGAUCAGCCCCCCCGACGGCCGCCCUCUCCCUGCAGGCAUUGCCCGGGGCGCGGGGCUGGCUGCGACGCCUGGGGGAACCGCUGGGACUGCAGCCCCCCGAGCAGGAGGCGGUGCUGAGGGUGUUGGACGCGGGCUUGGAGCGGUGCCUGGCGCUGCACGCAGCCUGCAUCCCCCUGCCAGGGCACAGGAAGCUCCCAGGCAAGGCAGGCAUCGAUGAGGUGAUGGCAGCCGCAGUGCUCACCAGCCUUUCCAGCAGCCCACUGGGGCUCGGCCACCCCCCAGCACCUCCUGGCCCAGCAGAGCUUGGCAGUGAGAUCUGGAAAGAGACACCAGCCAUGUCCUUCAGCUGCAGCAGCAGCAGCAACACCAGCGGGGAAUGGAGCUGGGACCCCCCCAGCGACCGCUCCACCCCCUCCACCCCCUCACCCCCACUCUCCAGCCAUGAUCCCAGUGCCUUCUUGCCACCAGACGAUGGCCCCGAGGAACCUGACAGCACCCACUUCAUGUUUGGAGAGCCCAUCCCGCGGAAGAGGAAGAACUCCACCAAGGUGAUGUUCAAGUGCUUGUGGAAGAGCUGCGGCAAGGUCCUCAGCAGCUCCUCAGGGAUGCAGAAGCACAUCCGAACCGCGCACCUGGGCCGCCAAGCCGACCUGGAGCAGAGCGACGGCGAGGAGGACUUUUACUACACAGAGCUGGACGUGGACGUGGACUCGCUGACGGAUGGACUCUCCAGCCUGACGCCCGUCUCGCCCACCUCCUCCGUGCCGCCCGCCUUCCCCGGCCCCGAGCUGCCGCCCUUCCCCAGCCCUGAGCCUCCUCUGGGCUCCCCCCGCAGCCCCCCGCCGCCCCCGGGCCUCUGCCACGUCCACACUGACCAUGCGUACCAGGGCUGCCCCUCAGGGCCCACGGCUGGGGAGAAGCGGCCCCCAGGGCUACCUUUACCCGGGUUGAGGACGCCGGCGCUGCCCACCCCGACGCUGCCGAAGCCACCCGCCGUCCCCAGGAAGCCACGGGGGGAGGCCAAGAAGUGCCGCAAGGUGUACGGCAUGGAGAACCGGGAGCUGUGGUGCACGGCGUGCCGCUGGAAGAAGGCCUGUCAGCGCUUCCUCGACUGAGCCCCGCCGCUGCCGCCGUGCCCCCCCAGCUCUCCUUCUUGCACAUUUUGCACUUGAGGUGCCUUCGCGCCCCCCAGCCCGCCCCACACACACACACACACACACACACACACACACACGCUCCCCCCGGGGCUGGACUCAGGGAACAGCCCCCACGCUGUUGGGGGGAGGACUGUAGGGCUUGGGGGGGCCACGCACAGUUGGGCCUGGCCCUGCCUUCCCCCCCACCCCGAGCUUUAUGCACACAGCCCCCCCACGCCAACACAGAGCUUCCCCCCCUUUCUUUAUCCUCGGAAAAUAAGCUAACCCUCCCCGUGCCCCCCACCCCUUGCCUGCAGCCCAUAUCCCUGCUGGGGGGGGGGGGGGGGGGGUGG